AUGUACAGGCGCACCUGCCCACACCGGGCUGAUCGUCCAUCAGUUUUUGACCCAAAAUGUCAUGACCCAUGGACUCCUGAGGAUUAUCCACGAUUUUUCCACAUGCAUCCUAGGACUGCAGAACUUAGUCUCCUGGAGCCAGUAAACAGAGACUUUCACCAGAAAUUUGAUUUGGUUAUUAAGGCUGAACAGGACAAUGGUCAUCCUCUUCCUGCCUUUGCCAGUCUACACAUUGAAAUAUUGGACGAAAACAAUCAAAGCCCAUAUUUCACAAUGCCCAGUUAUCAAGGCUAUAUCCUUGAAUCUGCGCCAGUGGGAGCAACCAUUUCUGACAGUUUAAAUUUGACCACGCCUCUAAGAAUAGUAGUUCUGGACAAAGACAUAGAGGAUGUUCCACCCGGUGGAGUUCCUACAAAGGACCCAGAGCUUCACCUUUUUCUGAACGAUUACACCUCAGUCUUCACUGUCACACAGACUGGUAUCACUCGCUACCUCACUUUACUUCAACCAGUGGACAGGGAAGAACAGGAAACUUACACCUUUUCGAUAACAGCAUUUGAUGGUGUACAAGAAAGUGAGCCAGUUAUCAUCAAUAUUCGAGUGAUGGAUGCAAAUGACAACACUCCGACCUUUCCCGAAAUAUCAUAUGAUGUCUAUGUUUAUACCGACAUGAGGCCUGGGGACAGUGUCAUACAGCUCACUGCAGUCGACGCAGACGAAGGGUCAAAUGGGGAGAUCACAUAUGAAAUCCUGGUUGGGGCUCAGGGAGACUUCAUCAUCAAUAAAACAACAGGGCUUAUCACCAUCGCGCCAGGGGUGGAAUUGAUAGUCGGGCGGACUUAUGCGCUCACGGUCCAAGCAGCGGAUAAUGCUCCUCCUGCAGAGAGAAGGCACUCCAUCUGCACUGUGUACAUUGAAGUGCUUCCGCCAAAUAAUCAAAGCCCUCCUCGCUUCCCACAGCUGAUGUACAGCCUUGAAAUCAGUGAAGCCAUGAGGAUUGGUGCUGUUUUAUUAAAUCUACAGGCAACUGAUCGAGAGGGAGACCCUAUAACAUAUGCCAUUGAGAAUGGAGAUCCACAGAGGGUUUUCAAUCUUUCAGAAACCACUGGGAUUUUGACCUUAGGGAAGGCGCUGGACAGAGAAAGCACUGAUCGCUACAUUCUGAUCAUCACAGCUUCAGAUGGCAGGCCAGAUGGGACUUCAACUGCCACAGUAAAUGUGGUGGUGACAGAUGUCAAUGACAAUGCUCCAGUGUUUGAUCCCUAUCUGCCUAGAAAUUUAUCUGUGGUGGAGGAAGAAGCCAAUGCCUUUGUGGGUCAAGUAAGGGCAACAGACCCUGAUGCUGGAAUAAAUGGCCAAGUGCACUACAGUUUGGGUAACUUUAAUAAUCUUUUUCGUAUCACAUCCAAUGGGAGCAUUUACACAGCAGUGAAACUUAACAGAGAAGUCAGGGACUACUAUGAACUUGUUGUUGUGGCAACUGAUGGAGCAGUACACCCUCGUCAUUCAACUCUAACACUGGCCAUCAAGGUUUUAGACAUUGAUGAUAAUAGUCCUGUGUUCACCAAUUCAACAUACACUAUUGUUGUGGAAGAGAAUUUGCCAGCUGGAACCACCUUUCUUCAAAUAGAGGCCAAAGAUGUUGACCUGGGAGCAAAUGUGUCCUAUCGGAUAAGAAGCCCAGAAGUGAAGCAUUUUUUUGCACUGCAUCCAUUUACAGGAGAACUAUCCCUUUUAAGGAGUUUAGAUUAUGAGGCAUUUCCAGACCAAGAAGCAACUAUCACUUUUCUGGUGGAGGCCUUUGAUAUUUAUGGAACAAUGCCACCUGGUAUUGCGACUGUCACAGUGAUAGUAAAGGAUAUGAAUGAUUAUCCUCCUGUAUUUAGUAAACGAAUCUACAAAGGAAUGGUGGCUCCAGAUGCAGUCAAGGGUACACCUAUCACAUAUGUUUAUGCUGAAGAUGCAGACCCUCCAGGAUUGCCUGCAAGUCGUGUGAGGUAUAGAGUAGAUGAUGUUCAGUUUCCUUAUCCUGCCAGUAUUUUUGAUGUGGAAGAAGAUUCUGGAAGAGUAAUAACUCGAGUCAAUCUUAAUGAAGAACCUACAACAAUUUUUAAGUUGGUGGUCGUUGCUUUUGAUGAUGGUGAACCCAUAAUGUCCAGCAGUGCUACUGUGAAAAUUCUUGUCUUACAUCCCGGAGAAAUCCCUCGCUUCACACAAGAGGAAUAUAGACCUCCUCCAGUAAGUGAACUUGCCACCAGAGGGACAAUGGUUGGUGUAAUUUCUGCUGCGGCCAUUAAUCAGAGUAUCGUGUACUCCAUUGUUUCAGGAAAUGAAGAGGGUACAUUUGGGAUUAAUAACAUCACAGGUGUUAUUUACGUGAAUGCCCCUCUGGACUAUGAGACCAGGACAAGCUAUGUACUUCGAGUCCAAGCCGACUCCCUGGAAGUGGUUCUUGCCAAUCUCCGAGUUCCUUCAAAAAGUAAUACAGCUAAAGUAUACAUUGAAAUACAGGAUGAAAAUGAUCAUCCCCCCGUGUUUCAGAAGAAAUUCUACAUUGGCGGUGUAUCUGAAGAUGCUAGAAUGUUUGCCUCUGUGUUAAGAGUGAAG